AUGAAGAGUCUACUUUUUCUGGUGCUGAUUUCUGUCUGCUGGGCUGAACCUCACCGUGACAACUCAAGUCUGGAUCAUGAAAGAAUUAUUCAUGUUCAAGCUGAAAAUGGUCCCCGUCUACUUGUGGUAGCAGAGCAAGCUAAAAUCUUCUCGCACCGGGGUGGCAAUGUCACACUGCCAUGUAAAUUUUACCAUGAACAUACAUCAACAGCUGGCUCAGGAACCCACAAAAUCCGGGUCAAGUGGACCAAACUCACCUCAGAUUACCUCAAAGAAGUGGACGUCUUUGUUGUGAUGGGACACCACAGAAAGAGCUAUGGAAACUACCAGGGCAGAGUGUCUCUGAGGGGAAGCAGUGAGAAUGAUGCCUCUCUUAUAAUCACAAAUAUAAUACUGGAGGAUUAUGGGAGAUACAAGUGUGAGGUGAUUGAAGGAUUAGAGGACGACACAGCAGUGGUAGCUCUGAAUUUGGAAGGUGUAGUGUUUCCUUACUCUCCACGGCUGGGUCGUUACAACUUGAACUUCCAUGAGGCCCAGCGAGCGUGCCUGGACCAAGACUCUGUUAUCGCCUCCUUUGACCAGCUCUAUGAUGCCUGGAGGUCAGGGCUGGACUGGUGUAAUGCCGGCUGGCUCAGCGAUGGCUCUGUCCAAUACCCCAUCACCAAGCCCAGGGAGCCCUGUGGAGGGAAGAACACAGUGCCUGGGGUCAGGAAUUAUGGCUUCUGGGAUAAAGAUAGAAGCCGAUACGAUGUUUUCUGCUUUACUUCAAACUUCAACGGUCGCUUUUACUACCUGAUUCACCCAACCAAGCUGACCUACGAUGAAGCUGUUCAGGCAUGCUUGAAGGAUGGAGCUCAGAUUGCUAAAGUUGGCCAGAUAUUUGCUGCCUGGAAGCUCCUGGGGUACGACCGCUGUGAUGCCGGCUGGCUGGCUGAUGGCAGCGUCCGCUACCCAAUCUCCAGGCCAAGGAAACGCUGCAGUCCUAACGAAGCAGCAGUUCGCUUUGUAGGCUUCCCUGAUAAAAAGCACAAGCUGUAUGGUGUCUACUGCUUCAGAGCAUACAACUGA